ACCCUCACCGCAUCAGCUUUUUCGCCUUUUUAAAGUUUCAGGCAAUACAUCUGGAGUUGUUUUCGUUCCCCUGGUUUCCCCUUCCACAACGUAGCCGCCGCCGACGCGACAGAAGACAGCAGAUCUUCCGGCACUGUAACAAUGAUGGGUUCACGAGGUACCACUGCUGUGCUGUCGAGAGCUGUUCGGAUGAGGCAAAAGCUGCAGUCUGCUUUGGAGGCCAGUACGCUAGAUAUUGAAGAUGUUUCUUACCAACAUGCUGGGCAUGCAGCUGUGAAGGACAAUGCAAACGAGACACAUUUUAACAUCAAGGUAAUUUCACCGAAGUUUGAGGGCCAGAGCCUUGUGAAGCGUCACAGGAUGGUGUACGAUCUCUUGACCGAUGAGUUGAACUCGGGUCUUCAUGCUAUCUCCAUUGUUGCGAAAACUCCAAAGGAGUCUGGAUCAUGAACGUCAAAGAAGCAUAGACUUAAUUAGUGUGUGUUCCAAAAUAAAUUGAUUGCAGCAAUAUCAUGUAGCCAUGAAUCAAACAGUAACAAUAUGUCAUGUUUCUUUCAUGACAAAGACAUGGUGUUGCAUACUUGCAUUAGAUCGUAAGUAUGGAUAAUCACCUGUGGCCAUGAAAGCUAUGAACAUUUAGUCAGUACUCAGUACCACAUUCUCGUUUCAUUUAUCCAUAAUUGUCAAGGACCUUGUAUGGUGGCGCUUCUAGAGGCAUUUGGCAAACUGAAGAUUUUGUGUUGGUGAUGGAUAUAUUUUCUCAUCCUUC